AGAUGGUGAUAUGUGAGCACUUAUUCUGCGCUUGUCAGUAUCGACUGGUGUAUUUUAUUUACCAAUGCAGAGUCUGAGAGUCACUAGCAGAUAAUAGGAAGUUCAAGGCUUUUGAUUUUACUAAGACAAAUGUCAUGCUGUGGCAGAAAGGAAGUAAGUUAUAUAUCUUUUUAGCUCUACGUCUUCUGCAAAUCAGCUUGGACACGGUUUAAGGACACACUGUAAGGUGCUCCGUUCUGAUGUAAAGAUGGUGGUUUUCCUAAACAGAUUUUUUGCAUUCGUUCUCUUCCUAAGAGCAUCAUCUGCUGGUGUUGACUCUUGGGAUGCUGAAAUACCAAAAUCAGUAGUGGGUCUGUCUGGAUCAUGUGUGGUGAUCCCUUGUAAGUUCAACUACCCAUCAGAUGGAAGGACACACAACGAAUUUACAGGAGUCUGGUACAAAGAUGCAUCUGACGUAAUCUACCACAAAGAGACUUCCAAAAUCAUCAGCAAAUUCAAAGGUCGCACAACUCUACUUGGUGAUCUGCAUCACAAAAACUGCACUUUGAAAAUCAACUCUUUACAUCCCAGCGAUGCUGGACCGUACAUGUUUCGCAUCGAGAUUAAAGAUUUCAACAAGUACUCAUACCAGGACAAUAAAGUUUCUAUUACAGUGAAAGAUUCACCUGAACAACCAAUCAUAUCUGUGGAUGACCAAGUGAUGUCACAGAAAGAAACGACCGCUACCUGUAUUGUGUUACAUUCCUGCCCGUCUGACCCGCCCCGUCUCACCUGGAGCCACAACGGCGUGCACACAAGUCAGUCUCAGUCACAAGACCACGGUCAAUGGAGAUUAACAUCAUCUCUGACCUUCACACCCUCCAGAGAAGAUCAUAAUAAACCUCUCAACUGCUCUGCAGAGUUCAGUGGUGGGAAUAAAGUGACCAGCAGCAAAACACUCAAAGUUAAAUAUCCUCCAUAUAAUGUAAAUGUGAAGAGUAACUCUCCAGUGAAGGAGAACACAUCUGUUGAACUGAUCUGCUCCUGUGACAGUAAUCCACCUGCUAGUUUCCAGUGGAUUAGUUUAAAUGGAUCUGUGUUGGCAAAUGGACCCAACUAUAAACUGAAUCAUGUGUCCCGAUAUACUGAAGCCAUAUCCUGCACCGCCAGUAACACAGAGGGAAAAAACAGCUCCAGUCCUCAGAAGAUUAAUGUGUUGUAUCCUCCUGAGAUUAAAAACGAGUCUUCCUGCAAAACAGAGCCUACAGUCUGUGUUUGCAUCGUCGACUCCAACCCACCCAGUGAAGUUAAGUGGCUUGCUCCCUCAACAGCUUUCCCCAGCUCUAGUGUUGAACAAAAUGGUUUUCUUACCACCUUUACCCUUCAGGGGUGGGAAGGUUUCCCUGACGCUGUCCAUUGCUUUGCCAGUAACAGCGAGGGAAACUCUGUCAUAACUAUCCAAGUGCCUCAUCGUGGUAUGAUCAUAUAUAUUGUGGUUGCCAUUGCUGCUGUUUUAGUUACUUUAGUGAUCAUUUCAGUUUGUGUAGCCAAAAGACAUUGUAGGCGCAGAGCUCUGGAACAGCAUUUGAUGGAUUUGAAAGCUGACCCGGAUGAAAUCAAGACAACCCCAAAGUCUGGCUUAGAAAGCAAAAAAGAGAAAAGCAAUGACAUUUACACAAACAACAAAGAUGACUCGAAUGUUUAUAAGAACUGGGAGUGUGAUGACAAAGACCUGCCAUGUGGGCAAGAUGAAGAUGAAGCAGUCUAUGCUAACACCUAAAUAAAUAAAUACAUGAUUAACCUGUUUGUAUUAAUCAGAAAGGUAAAGUGUCUCACGCCAUUUAUUUUCUUGGCUAUGCAAUUUCUGUGCAAUUCAUUUCUUAUAAGUUAAAAACAUUUUUUAAAGUGUUUUUUUUUUUAUUAUUAAGGCGUAGUAUCGAGUUCCUUAAUUCUAUAUCAGUGUAGGUAGCAAAGCAGUUUUGUUUUGAGGGCAAAAGUUUCAUUUCCUUUUAUUAUAACAGUUUUGACCCAAAUUACUGUUGAUUUUUUUAGGAUUAUAUUUGAACUAUUUUUUAUAUCUAAUACACAUUUGCUGCUGUGAUAGGCUGAUUUGGCUGUAAUGCCUUUAUGGUCUCUGAGCAGGUGCAAAGCAAGCUGAUUUGGAGAGUAAAUGUCAUAUGAGUUAGUGUGUGUUAGAGAAGGAGUUAUAACAGUGAAUAAGAUGCUUUUUGGAAUAUUCUCAUAUUGUGCAAGAAAAACAUGAAUCAUUAUCAGGUUUAGUAUAAUUUAUGAAAAUAAUGCAAGCUUAAAUCCACAAUGUUUUUAAGUGUGGCACAUACCAAAUACUAGAUAUUUAAUGUCAAUCAAAUUGCAAUAUUUUGUCGCUGUUAUGUUUAUUUAAUUGUGAA